GUCCCUCCUGAGCUGAGCCAUGCAGUUAGCUGACCCUGCCAGGAAGAGGCUGAGAAGAGCCUCACCAGGGAUGAGCUGUGAGGGCCAGAGGUGAGGAUGAUGCUGACAUAGGAGUGAAGGUGUCCCACCCUGUUCCAGGCCACAGCCCUGCCACCCUGGUGAGUGGCUUGGCCCAGGUGUGACUGGUGUGACCAAAUGGAUUUACUCCACUGGGGAAGGGCUCCUGGGUUUGCCUCCCUCCAUGACGCUGCCUGGCAGCACCGCCAUAAAAGCCUGGCCAGGCGCUUGGGAGAGCCGGGACCGAGAAGCAAAAGUGAGAAGAGGAGACACAGGACCAAGGAGAUGCUCUCCCUGCUCAGUGGGCUGGCUUUACUUGCCAUUUCCUUCCUGCUCCUGAAACUUGGCACCUUCUGCUGGGACAGGAACCACCUUCCUCCUGGCCCAUUCCCCUUCCCCAUCCUUGGAAACCUGUGGCAGCUACGAUUUCAGCUGCACCCAGAGACACUGCUCCAGCUGGCACAGACCCACGGCAGUGUGUUUGUUCACAGUGUGGGUGAGCCCGAUCCCCAUCGUGGUGCUGAGUGGCUUCCGGGCGGUGAAAGAAGCGCUGGUCUCCAACUCGGAGCGGUUCUCCGGCAGGCCCCUCACCUCGCUCUUCCAGGACCUGUUUGGAGAACAAGCCCCGGACCCAGGCAUCAUCUGCAGCAGAAGGCACAUGUGGUGGCAACAGAGACGCUUCUGCCUGGUGACGCUUUAAGGGCUGGGCCUAGGCAAGCUGGCGCUGGAGGUGCAGCUGCAGAAAGAGGCAGCAGAGCUGGUGGAAGCCUUCAGCCAGGAGCUCGCUGCACGACGUGUUUCCCCGGGCCCUCUGCCACCUCCCAGGACCCCACCGGGAGAUAUUUAGGUACCAAGGGGUCAUGCGGAGCUUCACCCGCCGGGAGAUCACCAGGCGCAAACUCAAAGCACCGGAGGCCCCCAAGGACUUCAUCAACUGCUCCCUGGCCCAGAUCUCCAAGGCCAUGGAUGAGCCUGUCUCCACAUUCCACGAGGAGAACCUGGUCCAGGUGGUGAUCGACCUGUUUCUGGGAGGCACCAACACCACGGCCACCACCCAGCGCUGGGCACUCAUCUACAUGAUCCAGCACGGAGCUGUCCAGGGUGAGGAGCCCUUGGUCACACCCUGGCUGACUGCCCCAUGCGGCACCAUCAUCUUACCCUUAUGUAGAGGCUCUGUGCUCUACGACCCUGAGUGCUGGGAGACCCCUCCACAGUUCAACCCUGGCCACUUCUUGGACAAGGAUGGAAACUUUGUGGCCAAUGAGGCCUUCCUGCCAUUCUCUGCAGGGCAUUGUGUGUGCCCAGGGGACCAGCUGGCUCGAAUGGAGCUCUUCCUGAUGUUUGCCACCCUCCUUAGGACCUUUCGGUUCCAACUGCCAGAAGGGAGCCCGGGGCUCAAGCUGGAGUACAUCUUUGGGGGCACUUUGCAACCCCAGCCCCAGGAGAUCUGUGCAGCGCCCCGCCUGAACAGCCCCAGCCCUGGUCCUAGGGAGGAUGGCCUGUAGCCACGGGGGUUCUGGAGGCCUGUCCCCCAUGAAGUCCUUCCUCAGUCUCUUGGUUUCUCAAAGUUAGAGAAGAGGAGGACCAGGGGUUCAUGCUGCUCAGCUGCUCACGGUUACCCCUAACACAAGCUCUGUGGGGUGACACUGGAGAGUAGACUUAGCAAGGAUUCUACAGAGGUAGCGCAGUUUGGGUAGUUCAGUCCUUAGAUUAGGUUAGUUAUGCUUUGGCAGGGAAAGAUUUUAUAAGAUUGGUUAAGUUUGGCAUUAAAUCAGUCCACAAAGUUAAUUUUGGGAAAUCAAGCCCCACAAGGCAGCAGCUAACUAGGUUCAGAGGAAAAGGCAAACUUUCGAGCAAAAUUAUAAAUAUAAUAAUGCACGCAAAUGCAAAUACUUGAUGCUGGGGACAGGUAAGCCAAAAAAAAAAAAGUGAAGCGGGGGCAGCUUAUUUUCUGCCCUCUCCUGCCCUCUGCUGACCAGAAGGAAGAACUGCAGUUCUCUGCAGACCUAUGGCAGAGAAAGAUCUCACCAUCUCAAUCCAGCAAAGCCAGCAGACCAUAUAACUGUUCCCAGUAAAUUCUUCACCAAAGACCCACUUUAGUUUCCACACAAGGGUCCCUAAAUUUUGAAUCAUUGUGUCUCCAGACAAGCUUUGUUUAUUAAAAAAAGAAUAA